UCUUUUCUUAUCUUUAUAGUAAUGAAUGUUAUAACCAUUGAAGACUAUAAGAGCACAUAUUGGCCAAAGUUGGACAGUGCCAUAGAUCAGCUUUUAACCCAGAGUCCUGGUGACUACAUCCCUAUCUCCUAUGAACAAAUAUACAGUUGUGUGUAUAAGUGUGUAUGCCAGCAGCAUUCGGAACAGAUGUAUAGUGACCUAAUAAAAAAGAUAACUAACCACUUAGAGAGAGUCUCAAAGGAGCUGCAGGCCAGCCCUCCAGAUCUGUAUAUUGAAAGAUUUAACAUAGCUCUUGGGCAAUAUAUGGGAGCAUUGCAGAGCAUUGUGCCUCUUUUCAUAUAUAUGAAUAAAUUUUACAUAGAAACCAAGCUUAACAGAGACGUAAAAGAUGACCUUAUAAAGCUGUUUACGGAACAUGUUGCAGAAAAGCACAUUUACAGCCUAAUGCCUUUACUUUUAGAUGCUCAGUCAACACCGUUUCAAAUAACCCCUUCAACCAUGGCAAAUAUUGUGAAAGGCCUGUAUACACUUAGACCAGAGUGGGUUCAAAUGGCACCAGCUUUAUUUUCUAAAUUCAUCCCAAACAUUCUCCCUCCUGCUGUGGAAUCUGAGCUUCAGGAAUAUGCUGCUCAAGACCAGAAACUUCAAAGAGAGCUUAUGCAGAAUGGAUUUACCAGAGGGGACCAGUCACGCAAGCGAGCUGGGGAAGAGUUAACUUACAAUGGCUCAUCAACAUGUGCAAGCUCCAGAGGGUACAGAUAGUGAAUAUACUGGAUGUGCUUUUAUUCCUAGCCAGAACAGACACUGGAAGAGCACAGAUGAUAUCCAGAGCCCCAGCUGGGGUCUGCUGAUAUUCAGGAGCUCUGUCACUAGCUAUACGUGGAAGAGGAGUUUGGAUUUUCUUUAUGUAAUAAAAUGUCAGUUGCUGCUACACUUGGGAUAACUUUGAAAGACAUGACUCUUUGGUUUGGUCUCUCAGCAAGUUCUUAUUCUCCGAUUCUGUGAGGAACGCGCCUUGAAAAACAGAUAAUUUCUAAGUGAAAAUUGGCAGCCAAAAUCAGCAGCUUCCUCCAAAAAUGUUAGAAUGGAAGAAUCUUUUUUGCACUCUUGUUUUUUAUUAUGGACAUUCUUUAAACUAAUUAACACAUCAGUGUAUUAGUUUUAAAACUUCAAGGUAUUUUCUGAAGCUUUUACUUAAGAGUGAAGAUUUGUUACUUUGCAGUAUUUAUUAUUCAGCACAAAGUGACAGCAGCGUUAAGAGUUGGUCCCUUCUAAAUAUAAUUUGGACAGUAAGUUUGUUUCUUCCAUCUUUUUUCUUUCCUAACUUAUUUUCCUUUUUUGGUAUGUUUUCUGACUCUGUGCCUUCAGCUUGUGCACUUGGCAAAUUUAUAGACCAGAUUUGUUCAAUGCAAAAUAUGUUCUUAAGGAAAAUCUUGUGGUAUUGUGAACAAAUAUAUGCUGCAAAGUCACAAGUUUCUCCUGUGUUACUAGACUAUUAAUUUAGAAAGGAAGACAAGGUUUAACCUGACAAUGUUACUGAUAUUGACUAGGCCUCCUUCCCACUUUUUCAUGUAUAUGUUUAGUAUUAAUGCUGGGACCAACUCUUGUAGAAAUAUCCCACUUACGUCGCUGCCCGCCUCCCCCAUUUUUCUGGUGACUUUGUUGGCCUCCAUAGUAAUAACAGUGGAUCAAUGUGAACUCCAAAAUGAAUGCAAUGCCAAGCUAUGUUUGUGUUGUGUAUUAUAUUGGAAGAUUAGCUGUCACAGCUGAGAGUUGGAUUAUGAGCAAGAUUCUCCAGGCUGUUCAGUUAUGCUAUGUGCCACUCUGAGAGCACUGAGCAGACUUAAACCUGCCUUAAUUGGUCAGUGGAUGACAGCACUCUUGCAGGGCUGCUGUAGUGGAUCUGACAGCACUCCUCCUGCUAGCUACCAGCAUAUAGAGUGUGUCACUGGUAAAAAGGGGUAUAGCCCUGCACCCAGCCAGGGUAAGCUGCAUAGCAUCAUUCAGGAUCAGGGAGAUACCAAGGUGAUGUAAUGCAUACGUGCAUGCACACAUCCUCUUCUAGACUUGUGCCAAGCUCAGUUGGGCUGGUCCAGUAAAUAUGGACCUGUAGUCUUAAUUGUAAUGGUUAGGAGAUGAAUUUCAAUCCGGAGUAUGGUAAGUGAAUCCUGUUAAUUUAAAUAGGGGAGAGAAAAAGCAGUUUUGAUUCCAGACUCCUUUUACCAUCUUUAGUUAAAAAGGAAAAAAAAUACUUUAGUGAUACAAAACCCUUUCUGAGCUGACACACAAGUGCAGUCCCCCAUUCUUCCACACAUAGCUGUCCUGUUAGGGGAGUUUUCUAGGCUUUCAUGAGUUUUCUAUAGAUUGCAGGAAAAAAACAAAAUAUACACGAGGAAGGGGAAAGGAGUUUUUCCUUUCAACUUCGCUUUGUAAACAAGCUAUAUUCUCCAUGUUUAAAUUCAUAGAUUGCAAGGCCACAGGGUCCUGUUUUGAUAAUUUAAUCAGGCCUCCUGUAUAACACAGGGCAGAAAACUUCCCAAAAUAAUUCCCAGAGCAUAGCUCUCAGAAAAACAUCAAAUCUUGAUUUAAAAAUUCUGAGAUGGAGACUCAACCGUGACCCUUGGUAAACUGCGCCAAUGAUUAAUUGAUUCAGUCUUUAAAAAGGUACUCCUUAUUUCCAGUCUGAAUUUGUCUAGUUUUAAAUUUUCAGCCACGUGUUGUAUCUUUCUCCUCCGGAUGAGAGCCCCCCUUAUUAAAUAUUUGUCCCCCAUGUAGGUACUUACAGACUAAUCAAGCCACUCCUUCAUCUUCCCUUUGUUAAGCUAAAGAGGUAUAUAAUUGUAGAGCAUGUAUUCUAAUCUUUUAAUCAUUCUCAUGGCUCUUCUGUGAACCCCGUCCAAUUUAUCAUUGUCCCAGAACUGGGCUCAGUAUUCUAGCAGCAGUCACAGCAGUUCCAAAUGCAAAGGUAAAAUAACCUCUCUAGACAUAAUUGAGAUUUACUCUUUUGAUCCUUAGCUCUUUUGAUCACUUUGGGAGCUCAUGAUUAUGCACCAUGAGCCACAAAUGUUUUUUCAGGAUGAUUGUUGCUCAGGAGCAAGACUCUCAUCAUGUAUGUAUGGCUUAUGUGUUGACAUUUAGCCGUAUUUAAAUACACAUUGUUUGCGUGUAUCCUGUUUACCCAAGUGACCCAGAUUGCUUCGAAUCAGUGAUAAAAAACAAACCAUGACCGAUAGUGUUUUGAAAAGCACUGUUUGGUGUAUCUCUGAUUUCACUAAAGUCAAUAGGAGUUUUAUCAUUGGAAACAGAGAUAAACAACAUUGGCUUAUUUUUUUUUUAAAUCCUACCUAGAGUAAAAACAGUGGACAAAGUAACAAAUACAGAUAGUGAAUGGAUACUGAUUUUAAUUUUACCAAGGUUUCAAAAUUUUAUCAAGAACAGUUAUACAAUUACUCUGUAUACUGACAGCAAAUUAUUCUUGAAUUAAGAAUAUAUACUUUAACUAGUUGAUUUAACUACAUCAGUACCAUUCUAGUUCAUAUAAUAGUGUCCAAGCUCUUGGCAUUAUCGUGCCAUUACGAUUUUGCUCAGUCUUUUUUACAAAGGGUUUACUGAUAUAGGGUUUGUAAAUAAGUUGUAGGACUUAGGCCUCAUAUUUGAGGCAAUGAUUUUAAUUUACUUUUUUAUUGUUGCAUUACACUUAGGACACAGAUGUUUGAAACAAUAACUCUGUAAGAAGGUAAAAUAAAACAUUCCUCUUAGUGUGGGCAAUAUGAUAUGCACUAUAACAGUACUUGAAUGCUUUUCUCCAUGUGGGUUCUCGUUUGGACAGCAGACAUGAGAACUCUCCUUGGAAAGCAUUGUAUUUAUGUUGUAAAUUGGCAUUAAAAUUUCUAUAUGUUUUGGCAUUAUUAA